AUGACGGCGCUUCCGGGAGGCAGCAGCACUCUUUACUGGCACCGUGCCUGGGUCCAAGCCCGGGAAGGCCACAGAGACUUUGAGAAGGACCACGUGGAGGUGCGCUCUCAGUCCCGUGCAGGGGGCACCAGGCAGCACAAGUCCUCCUUGCCUGUUGGGCUCAAGCCCCACACAAACUGCUGCAUGAGUGGCUGCCCCAAGUGAGUGUGGGUGGAGUAUGAGGCCACACUACCGCAGCACUACCAGGAUGGCGGGGAGCAGACCCUGGUCGCCCUGGAGGAACACGAGGCUGAGGAGAACCUUAAGGCCUUCCUCAGGAUGGAGAUCCAGCUCCACACU